GUCGCUGAAGUGCUUCCAACGUUUGACGAAGAGCAUUUUACUUCCUGCACAGCAGCGCAAUUCAGGAAGAGGAUAUAAUGGCGACGCUAGCGGGGUCCGAGUCCCACAGUACUGGAGGAAUACAGAGAAAUUACCCAAGCAACAUUAUCACGAAGUUGACGACCAGUAAAAUUACCGGCCAGGGUUUCAGUCGAGGGACACAGUUGCCUGGACAUUUGCUUAUAGAGAGGGACAAACAAGCAAAGUGGAAUGGCAUCCCUACUCUGCUACAGAGGCUUCAUGCGAGCAGUCAUCCCAACGAUGACCUCUCCAAUGCCCACUGCUUUCUUAAGGUUUUAUCAUCUCAGCUUUCCAUGGAAGCCAUGUCUUUUGUCACAGAGGACAGGAAGACUGCUCAGGAGUCCACAUUCCCCAACACGCACACAUUUGAUCUGUUUGGUGGAGUAAAUCUGCUUGUGGAAAUCUUGAUGAGACCCACACUAACUUUACAGAAGAAAAAACCCAAAUUGAACGAUGACCUGGUUAAAGACUGCCUCAGUGUCCUCUACAACUGCUGUAUAUGUACAGAGGGUGUCACUAAAAGCCUGGCAGCGAGGGAUGAUUUUGUUCUUUUUCUUUUUACGCUAAUGACAAAUAAGAAGACCUUCCUCCAGACUGCUACUCUUAUUGAAGACAUUCUUGGUGUCAAAAAGGAAAUAAUCCAGUUGGAAGGCAUUCCUAACCUGUCAGGCCUGGUCCAAAGCUUUGACCAACAGCAGCUUGCCAACUUUUGCCGCAUCCUGUCUGUGACCAUCUCAGAACCUGAUGUAGGAAACGACGACAAGCACACACUACUGGCCAAAAACGCUCAACAGAAGCGCAAUGCUAACCCCUCACAAGCAGAGGUCAAUCAAAGUAGGUACCUGAACUUACCCUGAUGAACAUCUGGUUUCGUUGAGCGGCUGUGUAAGUUGGCCACCAGGAAAGUGUCAGAAGCCACAGCCACAGGGGCAAAUUUCCUUCAGGAGCUUGAGGACUGGUACACGUGGCUGGACAAUGCCCUGGUUCUGGAUGCCCUGAUGCAGAUGGCAACUGAGGAGGCUGAACAGAGCAGCACAGAAUCAUCAGAUGAGAGUUCUCUGGCUACAAGCCCGUUGCGACAUCGGCUGCCACAGUCCAUGAAGAUUGUACAUGAGAUAAUGUAUAAAGUGGAGGUUCUCUAUGUGCUGUGUGUCCUUCUGAUGGGUCGGCAGAGGAACCAGGUCCAUAAGAUGCUGGCCGAGUUCCGUCUCAUACCAGGACUCAAUAACCUUUUUGACAAGCUGAUAUGGAGGAAAUAUACUGCUUCCACUCAUGUGGUGCAUGGCCAGAAUGAGAACUGUGACUGCAGCCCGGAAAUUUCAUUUAAAAUCCAGUUUUUGCGGCUACUUCAGAGUUUCAGCGAUCACCACGAGAACAAAUACUUGCUGCUAAAUAGCCAAGAACUGAAUGAACUGAGUGCCAUAUCCAUUAAGGCUAACAUCCCGGAGGUCGAAGCUUUGGUCAACACAGACAGAAGUCUGGUGUGUGAUGGGAAAAAGGGACUCCUCACACGCCUCCUCGCCGUCAUGAAAAGAGAGCCUCCUGACUCUUCCUUCAGAUUCUGGCAGGCCAGAGCAGUGGAAAGUUUCCUCAGAGGAGCCACCUCCUAUGCAGAUCAGAUGUUCCUUCUGAAGAGGGGACUUCUUGAGCACAUCCUGUUCUGCAUCAUAGACAGCAGCUGUACGUCCCGAGACGUCCUGCAGAGCUACUUUGAUCUGCUGGGUGAGCUCAUGAAGUUCAACAUCGAUGCCUUUAAAAGAUUCAACAAAUAUGUCAACACUCCAGAAAAGUUCCAGACCUUUCUGACCCAGAUCAACAGUUCUCUGGUGGACUCCAACAUGCUGGUUCGCUGCAUUGUCCUUUCACUCGACCGCUUUGAGAGCCAAACUGAUGACAUCAAAGUGGUGGAGGUUCUGUCAGAGUGUUGUCUGUUGUCCUACAUGGCCAGAGUGGAGAACAGACUGGGCUUCCUGUUUCGACUGAUCAACAUCAUCAACGUGCAGACUCUUACACAGGAGAAUGUGAGCUGUUUGAACACCAGCCUGGUCAUCCUGAUGCUGGCCAGGAGGAAGGCCAAACUGCCCUUCUAUCUCAAUGCCCUGCGGGAGAAGGAGUAUGCUGAGAAGUACCCCGGCUGUCUGCUCAACAACUUCCACCACCUGCUGCGUUUCUGGCAGCGCCACUACCUCAACAAGGACAAAGACAGCACCUGUCUGGAGAAUAGCUCCUGUAUUUCCUUCAGCUACUGGAAGGAGACGGUGUCGGUGCUGCUGGAUUCAGACAGGACUUCUCUGUGUGCCAUAACCAGCUACAUUGACGAACCUUUCAUGGAUCUAGACAGAGACCUGCUGGAAGAUUGACCAGAUGUUUUUUAUUUGUGAGGUCGCAUGGAGCCUGGACACAUGACACUGGUGGUGAUGACUUCCCUAAGAUGAGGCAUCAGCGUGAUCAUGAUCUGACUUCCCAGAUGCCAAAGACUCACCUGUCUCCAGUCUGUAUCUAUGUAAUGAAGCUGGUCGCACAGGCAGCAAAAAAACAGACAGACACUUGCGUCAUCCCUUCACUGAGUUUCUGCGCCUUAUGGACAGAAGGCUGAUAUCCUGCAUCACCAGACAGGAAACCUUGGAGAGGAUGCCGUUUUUCAUUUUGAACUGUAGGAAAUUGUAUGAAAAAAAAAUGUGAUGGAACAGAUUUUACGUUAGAAAAAAAAAAAAAAAAGAUUUCAUGGACUUGGUUUAGAACGGCCACAGGUUAAACAAUCAACCAGAUGAAGCGACCUGUGACACGGCUGAAUAAAAGCAGUCUCUUCAGUCAAAGCUACUUACAUGACAUUAGGUGCUGCUCUGCUGUCUGUCCCGUAGGGGGGAGUGUUGUCCCCUUUUAAAACAGAAUUAGUUUUAAGUUUUGGAGUUUCAGAGCCUGAAACUUUUCAAAUGCUUUUAGUCUUAAAUUAGGAAAAACCUCUUCUCUCUUCUGGGCUUAGCACAACUAACAAUGAAACCAUGAACUGUAUUUAAGAACUUACAGAAACAGAAAUAUAUGGUUGCAGGCCAAGGUUACCAUGUUAAGCCUUCAAUAAGAGACAAGUAUUCACCUGGUGUCAGAAACUUACUCAUUCAACUGGUAACUGUAAAUAAAUGGACAACGAGACUGAUUCUAUUUACAUCAGCUAAAAUGUGAGUUUGUUUUCUAUAGAUUUGCAUUUCACCAAUCUCUGAAGGUGACAGAGGCCAUGGUCAGGAAAAAAGAGUCAAGAGAGCCCUCUGCUGGAUCUUGCAAUCACUACAGUAGAUAAUAACCACUCAACAUUUCAACAAAAAACAGUCCUGGGUUGAGGAAAUCAUCUUUUACCUUUUUGUAACCUGCUUGUUAAUGAACACCUGUUCCUGUUCUACUGUCUGCUGGUUUGUUCAGUUAGGUAUCUGUUGCUGAUUGGUGCUUUCCAGGUUAUCACCGGGAUUUAAGGUCGUCAGUCGCUUGUGAGUAACCAGUUAUCUUAAACCCCUCAUUAACUGUGCUGUUCACACAGAGGCCAUUCUUGUUUCCAAGUUCUUUUCGGAUUUUUUUGUGUGUGUGUGGCUUUUAGCGCUAGAUCAAUUGUAGAAUAAACUUUUGCACAUAUAAAAAUGCUCAUCGUUUAUUAUAUUUUAACAAAUCUGCUGUUUAAAACAUUUUUCGUUUUGUACAGAAGUUUUAUCCAUGUCCUAAAAUAUGCAUUAGGAGAAAACAUAUAUACUAUGCAGGCGUUAGUGUCAUUAACAUAGAAAACAUUGAAAACCUGGUGAGGUGAAGACACAAAAGUGAAGCAGAAAUAGCUCUGGUGGUUUUUGAUGUCUUAAGGGAAAAUAAAGAUACUUGUUCAAUUUA